GAGUCUCGCUCUGUCGCCCAGGCUGGAGUACAGUGGUGUGAUCUUGACUCACUGCAAGCUCUGCCUCCUGGGUUCAUGCCAUUCUCCUGCCUCAGCCUCCCAAGUAGCUGGGACUACUGGUGCCUGCCACCAUGCCCGGCUAAUUUUUUUGUAUUUUUAGUAGAGACGGGGUUUCGCCAUGUUAGCCAGGAUUCAUCUCACUUCUUUAGCCUAACAUACGGUUCGUUCACAUCGUGGCAUAUCAACACUUCAUUCCUUUUUAAGACUAAUAUUCCAUUGCGUGGAUAGACCACAUUUUGUUUACCCAUUCAUCACUUGAUGGACAUUUAGGUAGUUCUCUCUUUUUGGUUAUUGUUUUCUUUUUCUGUUUGUUUCUUUUCUUUCUUUCUUUCUUUCUUUCUUUUUCUUUCUUUUUUCUUUCCCUUUCUUUCUUUUUCUUUCUUUCUUUUUUCUUUCCCUCCCUCCCUUCCUUCCUUCCUUCAUUUUCUUUCUUUCUUUCCUUCUUUCUUUCUCUCUCCUCUCUUUCUUUCUUUCUCUUUCUUUCUUUCUUUUUUUCUUUUGCUCUUUCCCUCCCUUCCUUCCUUCCUUCCUUCCUUCCUUCCUUCCUUCCUUCCUUCCUUCCUUCCUUCCUUCCUUCUUCUUUUUUAGGCAGUCUCACUGUGUCACUCAGGGCAGAGUGCGGUGGUGUGAUUUUGGCUCACUGCAUCCUCUACCUCCUGGAUUCAGGGGUUUCUUGUGCCUCAGCCUCCUGAGUGGCUGGGAUUACAGGCGUGUACCACCACACCUGGCUAAGUUUUGUAUUUUUAAUAGAGACAGCGUUUCACUAUGCAAGCUAGUCUCGAACUCCUGGCCUCAAGUGAUCCACCUACCUCACCUCCCAAAGUGCUAGAAUUACAGGUAUGAGCCACCAUGCCUGGACUCUUUUUGGUUAUUGUGAAUAAUACUGCGGUGGACAUUCAUGUACAAGUUUUUGUGUGAAUACAUGUUUCCAUUUCUCUUAGCUCUGUGCCUAAGAAUGGAAUUCUAGGUUAUCUGUAACUGUUUAAUCACUUAAGGAAUUGCCAAGACUGUUUGUCAAAGCAGUUGCACCGUUUACUUUCCCACCAGCAAUGUUUGAGGGCUGCAACUUCCCCAUGUCCUCGCCAGCACGUUAGUGUCUGUCUUUUUGGUUAUCACCAUCCUAGUGGAGGUGAAGUGUUACCUCAUUGUGGUUCUGAUUUUCAUUUUCCUGAUUGCUCAUUGCUCUGUCUUAAAUAGUUGAUGUAAUAAUUUCCUUCUAAACAUUUGCUUUCUCUAGACAGUGUCCUAUUUUCAACUUUUCUGGGCCCCAACAUUGUCAUCUGGCAUGGGGUUGGUGCUCACUAGGGCAUAAAUGAAUGAGGAAACUCUGGAUAUGUUAGCUUGAAGGACAUGGGCAUGGACACUGAUUGGUAAGGAUGUGCUUCUUGGCUUGAGUCAAGAAUCAUACAUUUUAACUGUCACUUCUGCUUUUUUUGUGGCACAAAAGGACCAUUUUUUGAAGUUGGUAACCUGUCUUAGUUUCCUCAGUAGGUGUUUGUCCAAAUGUUGCGCUGAAGCAUAGCACAGACUUUUCAUCAUUUCAAGGUUUAAUGCCUCAGCCCAGGGAGGCUAUAUUUGGUGACCUUUUUGACAGAGCCCUGGAAACGUCUCUUCCUAACUGCCAACUUUGAGCUCCUCUGCCUCCUGUUUGGCCAUCAGUUACCUCCUAAGAGGAACCUGGAGAAAUGUCAUUGGGAAGUGCUGCUGGCACCCAGAUGAGAGAGUGUUCUUGAAAGUUUGGGAGCAGUAUUGAGCAUCUGCCAUGUGUCAUCGUUGUGCUGGGCACUACAAGCACACAUGUAUCCGUGUGAUCAUGUGUAUGGGUAUUUAUUUGUAGUGUCUAGUCAUUACAAUCUGUCUGUGAGUUUUGCCUGUUUUACUCCUAAGUACAAUGAACUUCAGUGAUUUGCCCAAGGUUACCAAAGUUUUCAGAGGAACAACAUCAGACACUUUUUCCCAAUCAGCAUGUGCCAAAAAACCUUUAGGUUAAGAGGUUAACAAGACAAGCCACAUAUGGGGGAAAAUAUUUAUGAAACAAGAGCUGAUAAAGGACCUGUAUCCAAAACAGGCAACUCUUAAAACUCAACAAUACAAGGCCAGGCACGGUGGCUUACGCCUGUAAUCUCAGCACUUUGGAAGGCCGAGGUGGGCGGAUCACAAGGUCAGGAGAUCGAGACCAUCCUGGCUAACACGGUGAAACCCUGUCUCUACUAAAAAUACAAAAAAUUAGCUGGGCAUGUUGACGGGCGCCUGUAGUCCCAGCUACUCAGGAGGCUGAGGCAGGAGAGUGGCGUGAACCCAGGAGGCGGAGCUUGCAGUGAGCUGAGAUUGCACCACUGCACUCCAGCCUGGGCAACAGAGCGAGACUCCGUCUCAAAAACAACAACAACAACAGCAAAAAAACCCCCAAAAACUCAACAAUAAGAAAAUAACCCAAUUAAAAAGUGGGCAAAAGAUCUGAACAGACGCCUCACACCCGGUUCCCCCACCCCACUCACAAUGAUUUGCCAUCCAUGUCUCCAUCCUGCAGUAGCCAAAGCUGGCUGCUUCUGGACCACUGCUGUGCAAUGGAAAUAUCGUGUGAGCCACCAAUACCAGCCAUUGGAUAUCAUGGAAAUAAAAGAAAUCCGCCCAGGGAAGAACUCCAAAGAUUUCGAGCGAGCAAAAGCAGUUCGCCAGAAAGAAGACUGCUGCUUCACCAUCCUGUAUGGCACUCAGUUCUUCCUCAGCACGCUCAGCUUGGCAGCUGACUCUAAAGAAGAUGCUGUUAAUUGGCUCUCUGGCUUGAAAAUCUUACACCAAGAAGCGAUGAAUGCGUCCACACCCACCAUUAUCGAGAGUUGGCUGAGAAAGCAGAUAUAUUCUGUGGAUCAAACCAGAAGAAACAGCAUCAGUCUCCGAGAGUUGAAGACCAUCUUGCCCCUGAUCAACUUUAAAGUGAGCAGUGCCAAGUUCCUUAAAGAUAAGUUUGUGGAAAUAGGAGCACACAAAGAUGAGCUCAGCUUUGAACAGUUCCAUCUCUUCUAUAAAAAACUUAUGUUUGAACAGCAAAAAUCGAUUCUUGAUGAAUUCAAAAAGGAUUCGUCCGUGUUCAUCCUGGGGAACACUGACAGGCCGGAUGCCUCCGCGGUUUACCUGCAUGACUUCCAGAGGUUUCUCAUACAUGAACAGCAGGAGCAUUGGGCUCAGGAUCUGAACAAAGUCCGUGAGCGGAUGACAAAGUUCAUUGAUGAUACCAUGCGUGAAACUGCUGAGCCUUUCUUGUUUGUGGAUGAGUUCCUCACAUACCUGUUUUCACGAGAAAACAGCAUCUGGGAUGAGAAGUAUGAUGCGGUGGACAUGCAGGACAUGAACAACCCCCUGUCUCAUUACUGGAUCUCCUCGUCUCAUAAUACGUACCUCACAGGUGACCAGCUGCGGAGCGAGUCAUCCCCGGAAGCUUACAUCCGCUGCCUGCGCAUGGGCUGUCGCUGCAUUGAACUGGACUGCUGGGACGGGCCCGAUGGGAAGCCGGUCAUCUACCACGGCUGGACGCGGACCACCAAGAUCAAAUUUGACGACGUCGUGCAGGCCAUCAAAGACCACGCCUUUGUUACCUCGAGCUUCCCAGUGAUCCUGUCCAUUGAGGAGCACUGCAGCGUGGAACAGCAGCGUCACAUGGCCAAGGCCUUCAAGGAAGUGUUUGGCGACCUGCUGCUGAUGAAGCCCACGGAGGCCAGCGCUGACCAGCUGCCCUCACCCAGCCAGCUGCGGGAGAAGAUCAUCAUCAAGCAUAAGAAGCUGGGCCCCCGAGGCGACGUGGAUGUCAACGUGGAGGACAAGAAGGAUGAGCACAAGCAACAGGGAGAGCUGUACAUGUGGGAUUCCAUUGACCAGAAAUGGACUCGGCACUACUGCGCCAUCGCCGAUGCCAAGCUGUCCUUCAGUGAUGACAUUGAACAGACUAUGGAGGAGGAAGUGCCCCAGGAUAUACCCCCCACAGAGCUACAUUUUGGGGAGAAAUGGUUCCACAAGAAGGUAGAGAAGAGGACGAGUGCCGAGAAGUUGCUGCAGGAAUACUGCAUGGAGACGGGGGGCAAGGAUGGCACCUUCCUGGUUCGGGAGAGCGAGACCUUCCCCAAUGACUACACCCUGUCCUUCUGGCGGUCAGGCCGGGUCCAGCACUGCCGGAUCCGCUCCACCAUGGAGGGCGGGACCCUGAAAUACUACCUGACUGACAACCUCACCUUCAGCAGCAUCUAUGCCCUCAUCCAGCACUACCGCGAGACGCACCUGCGCUGCGCCGAGUUCGAGCUGCGGCUCACGGACCCUGUGCCCAACCCCAACCCCCACGAGUCCAAGCCGUGGUACUAUGACAGCCUGAGCCGUGGAGAGGCAGAGGACAUGCUGAUGAGGAUUCCCCGGGACGGAGCCUUCCUGAUCCGGAAGCGAGAGGGAAGCGACUCCUACGCCAUCACCUUCAGGGCUAGGGGCAAGGUGAAGCACUGUCGCAUCAACCGGGACGGCCGGCACUUUGUGCUGGGGACCUCUGCCUAUUUUGAGAGCCUAGUGGAGCUCGUCAGUUACUACGAGAAGCAUUCACUCUACCGAAAGAUGAGACUGCGCUACCCCGUGACCCCCGAGCUCCUGGAGCGCUACAAUAUGGAAAGAGAUAUAAACUCCCUCUACGAUGUCAGCAGAAUGUAUGUGGAUCCCAGUGAAAUCAAUCCGUCCAUGCCUCAGAGAACGGUGAAGGCUCUGUAUGACUACAAAGCCAAGCGAAGCGAUGAGCUGAGCUUCUGCCGUGGCGCCCUCAUCCACAAUGUCUCCAAGGAGCCCGGGGGCUGGUGGAAAGGAGACUAUGGAACCAGGAUCCAGCAGUACUUCCCAUCCAACUACGUCGAGGACAUUUCAACUGCAGAUGUCGAGGAGCUAGAAAAGCAGAUUAUUGAAGACAAUCCCUUAGGGUCUCUUUGCAGAGGAAUAUUGGACCUCAAUACCUAUAACGUUGUGAAAGCCCCUCAGGGAAAAAACCAGAAGCCCUUUGUCUUUAUCCUGGAGCCCAAGAAGCAGGGCGAUCCUCCGGUGGAGUUUGCCACAGACAGGGUGGAGGAGCUCUUUGAGUGGUUUCAGAGCAUCCGAGAGAUCACCUGGAAGAUUGACACCAAGGAGAACAACAUGAAGUACUGGGAGAAGAACCAGUCCAUCGCCAUCGAGCUCUCUGACCUGGUUGUCUACUGCAAACCAACCAGCAAAACCAAGGACAACUUAGAAAAUCCUGACUUCCGAGAAAUCCGCUCCUUUGUGGAGACAAAGGCUGACAGCAUCAUCAGACAGAAGCCCGUCGACCUCCUGAAGUACAAUCAAAAGGGCCUGACUCGCGUCUACCCAAAGGGACAAAGAGUUGACUCUUCAAACUACGACCCCUUCCGCCUCUGGCUGUGCGGUUCUCAGAUGGUGGCACUCAAUUUCCAGACAGCAGAUAAGUACAUGCAGAUGAAUCACGCGUUGUUUUCUCUCAAUGGGCGCACGGGCUACGUUCUGCAGCCUGAGAGCAUGAGGACAGAGAAAUAUGACCCGAUGCCACCCGAGUCCCAGAGGAAGAUCCUGAUGACGCUGACGGUCAAGGUUCUCGGUGCUCGCCAUCUCCCCAAACUUGGACGAAGUAUUGCCUGUCCCUUUGUAGAGGUGGAGAUCUGUGGAGCCGAGUAUGACAACAACAAGUUCAAGACAACGGUUGUGAAUGAUAAUGGCCUCAGCCCUAUCUGGGCUCCAACACAGGAGAAGGUGACGUUUGAAAUUUAUGACCCAAACCUGGCAUUUCUGCGCUUUGUGGUUUACGAAGAAGACAUGUUCAGCGAUCCCAACUUUCUCGCCCAUGCCACUUACCCCAUUAAAGCAAUCAAAUCAGGAUUCAGGUCUGUUCCUCUGAAGAAUGGGUACAGCGAGGACAUAGAACUGGCUUCCCUCCUGGUUUUCUGUGAGAUGCGGCCGGUACUGGAGAGCGAAGAGGAACUUUACUCCUCCUGUCGCCAGCUGAGGAGGCGGCAAGAAGAACUGAACAACCAGCUCUUUCUGUAUGACACGCACCAGAACUUGCGCAAUGCCAACCGGGAUGCCCUGAUUAAAGAGUUCAAUGUUAAUGAGAACCAGCUCCAGCUGUACCAGGAGAAAUGCAACAAGAGGUUAAGAGAGAAGAGAGUCAGCAACAGCAAGUUUUAUUCAUAGAAGCUGGGGUAUGUGUGUAAGGGUAUUGUGUGUGUGCACAUGUGUGUUUGCAUGUAGGAGAAUGUGCCCUAUUCACACUCUGGGAAGAUGCUAAUCUGUGACAUCUUUUCUUCAAGCCUGCCAUCAAGGACAUUUCUGAAGACCCAACUGGCAUGAGUUGGCGUAAUUUCCUAUUAUUUUCAUCUUGGACAACUUUCUUAACUUAUAUUCUUUACAGAGGAUUCCCCAAAAUGUGCUCCUCGUUUUUGGCCUCUCAUGUUCCAAACCUCAUUGAAUAAAAGCAAUGGAAACCUUGA